AUGCCCCCAAAGAGCCGCAAGCACCGCCCCACCGUCGCCGUCGAGGUCCCGCCUCGCUCCACGGGCCCCUCGUCCCCUCCCCACCCAGGUCGGUCAACACGCCGCACCAACCUCGCCCCUCAGCCCUCGCCUGCCCAGCCCGCACCUGCCCGUACUCGUCCUAACCCUGCCCUCGCCGCACCUGCUCCCGCGACCCCCAACGACGACGACGGCGACGACGACACCGACAGCUCGUCCGACGCCCACAUCCACAACCGCCUCGUCGUCCCGACCUCGCCCGCUCUACGCCGCACACAGCGCGCCGAGACCGAGCUCGUCCCCGAGACCGACCACGAGGGCGCCGCACCCGCGACCGUCGCCGCCUCGAGCGAGUUCGGCCACCCUCGCUCGGACCGGGCGACGAGGGCCUCUGCGUCCAAGGGCCGCGCACCGAGGCGCAAGGGCGCUGCCGAGACGGGCGAGGGCCGUGAGACGGUGCAGCAGGGGCAGGCGGCGGGCGGCGAGGACGAGGACAAGCGGGACGAGGACGAUGACGAGGACGAGGGCGCGUCGCCGCCGCUCGCGACCCGCAUCCCGGCGGCGGCCAAGCGCGCCGCGCCCGCGGCCGCAGCUUCGGCCUCGGCGCCGGCUCGGUCGUCCCGACAGACGAGGGCGGCGGCUGUCGACGUCGAGGAGCAGGCGAAGCGGAAGAGCGAGGAGAGCGAGGGCGAGCCGGACGGCGGCGAGGACGAGGUCGACCAGCUCGACGAGGACGACGAGACCCACUCGUCGCCGCCCAUGACCGCCACCACGCGCAAGGACAAGGGCAAGGCGCCCGCGCAAGGGCCCGCCUCGUCGUUCUUCAACAGACGCAAAGCGCCCUCGCAGCGCGCCUCGCCCGCCAAGAAGAUGAAGAAGCGCGCUGCCGUGCCCGAGCGCGACAGCGGGUCCGAGGAGGAGCUGCCCGACGGCAGCAACGAGGGUGAGGGCGCGGGCGAGCUCAGCGCAGACGAGGCGAGCGACGAGGACGACGAGCGGCCGCCCGAGAGCGUCUUUUCGCACCGCGCCGGCGACGGCAGCUGGGUCCCGGACCGGGUCUGGCUGCACCGCGAGUGGCAGAAGGAGGGCAAGAGGGACAAGGUGGCGAGGUGGAUCAAGGAGCACGGCGGCAAGGUCAUGAAGCGUAUGGAGGAUGCACAUUACGCCAUCCUGCCCGAGUGGACGUCGGACAGCUACGUCGAGCUGUACGCUCAGGCCUUCAACUGCAACGCCCUCCCGACCCUGUACGCCUGGCUCCUCGCCGCACGCGACGACACGGCGCGGCACGGCGUCCCGUGCCGCCCGAACCCGCUCGACUUUGCCUCGCCGCGCCCGCUGAGUGGCGCCGCCGACCGCCGCGGCGAGCGGUACCUGCGCCUGUCGGACGCCGAGCUCGACGAGUUUGCAAGGCUGUACAACCUGUGCGACGAGGGCGAGAUGAGCCGCGCAGAGAUGUUUUCGAGGAUGCAGCGAGAGUUCUACUCGGAGCUCGACAGCCGCCGCACGACGACGUCGGCCUACCGCGACAAGUUCGACCUGCACAAGCGCGCCAUCAAGCAGCGCGCACGCCGCCUGCGCGAGGACGCCAAGCGCGCUCACGCUCACGCCGGCGGCGGUCGCGCUCGGUCCCGCACCCCGUCCGCCUUCCGCUCGCCCUCGUCCUCGCCCGGCCCGCCGUCCACGGACAAGGGCAAGGGCAAGCGCCGCCGCCGCUCGACGCCGCCCGCGCCCGGACCCGCACCCGCGCCCGACCCGCUCGCCGCCCUCGCGCAGCGCUACGGCCGCUCGCGAGCGUUCGUCGACGCGCUCCUUCGCGCGUGCACGCUCGACGGCGCGGCGGCCGAGCGCGCUUUGCGGCGGCUCGCGGCGUACGAGCGCGCUGCUGCGCUCGACGAGGACGGCGAGGAGGCGCAGAGGGAGUGGGACGAGGUGCUGCGCGGGGUGUGGCGCGAGGAGGACGAUGAGGCGCUGCGUGAGGUUGAGGAGGAGGAGGGGGAGGUGGAGGUGAGCGAUGGGGAGCUCGCGAGGAGGUCGGAUGGGCGGUGGAGCGGGAGGGAGGUCGGAGAGAGGAGGGAGCUGCUGCGCGUCAGGGCAGACGAGCGGUGGGGGUGGGAGGAGACGAGGGAAGAGCUGCGACGGGCGAGGGAGGGGAAGGCGGUGAGGGACGUCGAGGAAUGA